CUGAAUGAUGAUGAUGAUGAUGAUGAUGAUGCAGCAUUAAAAGUCAAAAAUGUCCACUUCCACUGGAGGGUAGGAGCUGCUGCUGCUGCCGCCAGCCGCAAAUCGAGCACCUUCCCCGGGCGUGGUGUGGCGAGGAGAGCCGCUGCAGUGGAGAUCCAAGGUGUGACGAGCCAUGCCGACUGCGAUCCUGCAGCCUCCCGUGCCGCUGGCGGCGCUCUCCCGCUGGUACCUGUACGCCAUCCACGGCUACUUCUGUGAGGUCAUGUUCACGGCGGCGUGGGAGUUCGCCGUGAACCGCGACUGGAAGUUCCCGGGCGUGACGAGCGUGUGGGCGCUCUUCAUCUACGGCACGUGCAUCCUGACGGUGGAGCGCAUGUACCUGUACCUGCGCGGGCACUGCCACGUGUUGGUGCGCUGCCUCAUCUACACGCUGUGGACGUACAUGUGGGAGCUGAGCACGGGGCUGCUGCUGCGCCAGUUCCACGCCUGCCCCUGGGACUACUCCGCCUUCCGCUACAACUUCCUGGGCCUGAUCACGGCCGAGUACGCGCUGCCGUGGUUCUGCGGCUCCUUCAUCGUGGAGCGCCUGGUCAUCCGCAACACGCUGCGCCUGCGCUUCCAUCAGGGCGCCGACGACGGCUGGGGGCGGAGCUACUUCAGCGGCUGGUUGUCCGGCAAUAACAGCUUCCUCAAAUUGGAGUGAGAACUCCUGCAGGGGGCGGAGACUAUCUAGGGACAUCGACGCAAAACCCGCCCCCCUCACUUUUCCUGCAUGAAAACAAGGAAAACAUGAAACCUCUUCAUCAUCGUCAUCAUCAUGACCUCUGACCCCUCACGGGAUUACUCUUCCAAUCUGCACACUUGACUUGAAGAAAACAAUCUUCCUUGCACAUAUUUACUCUUUUUUUUAAGUCACCUCAAAGCCUGAAAGUGUUCUGUGUGUGUCCAAAAUAAACUUUACAAAAACAUUCUGCAUGAAAAUGCAAAGAAAAAAAAAUAAAAUCUAUAAAACCCAAAACUAGUGAAGUUAGCACGUAGUGUAAAUGGUAAAUAAAAACAGUUGAGCUCAUAGGACUAGAGAGUACAAUCCCUCAGAUUGAUAAGCACUUAGUGUGGACAGGGGGGUUUAGGGGCAAAAGCUUCGCUGGGGUCUUCAGGUGGGCACCCCCUUUCAUUGGUGUUUUGUUGAUAGACCCACGACACCUCCGCAGGGCUCAACGGCGACAUCUGGUGUCCCAGGUGUGCCCCCCUCUGCCUUUACCCCUAGAUGUCCUUUUGCAGCCCAGUUGGGUCCUUUCUCUUGAUCCAUAUCCAUCUGCUACUUUGUUUGGCAGCAUCCGAGCGAUUUGACAGCCCGCCGGAAGGCCUGACCUUUCACUCCCAUUCCUUUCAGAAGCUUGGUUGUGGACGUGGCAACGAAGCCUCUGCACCCGACUUCAACUAGAAGCACACGGGCACGCCAGCCGCGCUGCUCUGCAUCGGCUGCUAUGUCCGCAUACCUCAGUUGUUUGCGCUCAUGCUUCACCAACUGCUGCUUCCCAUGGCACAGUUAAUUCAACAACGAACAGUCUUCUGGAAGAUUGACCACAAGACCAGGACCGGCCUGAAGCUGGUUGUAAUGAUCUCAGGCGGGAAGAUGAGUUUCUGGUCUAAGUCAACCUGCAUUUUCCAGUCCCAGGGAGAG